CCUUUUAUUCAGGUCACCCACACGUUUCUCUUCUCCUCUGUAGAAUGUAGACUCUCUUUGAUAUUGUUUCGUAUCUCGGUCUCUUUAUUCCGGUAAGUCGAAACUCUCCGGCCAGUUAUGCGGUCACCGGCCGCUACCUUGCGUGGUCAGAUCCAUCCGUCGAUCUGGGUCUCCCUUGGUUUUUUCAUUUGAAGUCCAGAAACAGAACAAAAAAAAAGAAACGAAACAGAGUAAACCAGAGCAAAUUUUGUGUUGUUGUAAUAGCUGUUUAUUGUAAAUGUUUUUAUUUUAUUUUUUGGGGGUGAAAAUUUUUGAGUUUUUGUUGUAAAGAUGAAUUUAAGAGCAGCGGAAGAUGAAGAAUCGGUUUCGGUAUCGGUAUCCGGUCAAGAAAUUGACGUACCGAGCGAUAUAGAUUGGCAAAUGUUAGACAAAUGGAAGUUUUUCUUACAUGGGGCGGCGCUGUUUUCCGGGGUUUCGGCAGCCCUUUAUCCUGUAGUUGUGUUAAAGACAAGACAACAAGUGGGUCAGUGUCAAGUUUCAUGUGUAAAAACUGCAACUUUUGUGGUGAGAAAUGAGGGCUUUAGGGCUUUGUAUAGAGGGUUUGGGACUUCAUUGAUGGGUACAAUCCCUGCUAGGGCGCUCUACAUGGGGGCUUUAGAGGUUACAAAGAGUAAAGUUGGGAGCUUCACUGUUAGAUUAGGGUUUAAUGAGGGGACUGCAGCUACAAUUGCAAAUGCUGUUGCAGGGUUGACUGCAGCCAUGGCUGCUCAACUUGUGUGGACUCCAAUUGAUGUUGUGAGUCAAAGGUUAAUGGUUGCUAAUGGAAAAGAUUGUAGAUAUGUAAAUGGGAUUGACGCAUUUAGGAAGAUUGUUAGGACCGAUGGGGCAAGAGGAUUGUAUAGGGGAUUUGGAAUAUCAAUCCUGACAUAUGCACCAUCUAAUGCAGUAUGGUGGGCAUCAUACUCCGUGGCUCAAAGGGUGGUUUGGGGAGGGAUUGGUUGGCAUAUUUCAAGGAAAGAUGCAUAUGGUGUUGGUGGUGGAGAUGAUGGUGAGGGAAGUAUGAAUAUCAUUAGGCCGGAUGCAAAAAUGGUAAUGGCAGUUCAGGGAGUGAGUGCAGCAAUGGCAGGUGGUGUAUCGGCCUUAAUUACAAUGCCACUUGAUACAAUUAAGACUAGGUUGCAGGUCUUGGAUGGGGAAGACAGUGGCAGGCGCGGACCAACUGUUGGGCAGACUGUUAGGAAUUUGGUUAGGGAAGGUGGUUGGAUGGCUUGUUAUAGGGGAUUGGGGCCAAGGUGGGCAUCAAUGUCUAUUUCUGCAACAACUAUGAUCACUACUUAUGAGUUUCUGAAACGCCUCUCAACUAAAAAUCGAGAGGUUUUGACAUGACAUGGAGGGUUGUUGCAUGAUGAAUGACUUGUUACACAAGGUUGGAGCUUUCUGCGUCAAUUUAAAUGCCUGCAGUGGCAAUGGUCACUGCCUGUGAAUUUCUCAAAUAAUGGGGAUCAUAAUGGGGAAAACUGAGGGGGUUUUUAGUGUACUCUUAUCUCUAAUCUUGUUAAAUUCCACUCUUCUUGUCUAUAUUAUUUUUGUCUAGUUACUCUCUUUUUAGCCUGCCUCUUGGGUUAAUCAAUGUAAUUGAUGUCACCUCUCUUGCAUAUAUAUAAAUCUCUUUUGCUCUCCUUAA